GAAAAACGCCGUUAGAAAAUGGAAACGGCGUUUCUGUGAACUCGAGUUUAUACUGGAAGAACUUGGGAUCCUUAAAAAUUCACCUGAGCUGAUAUCUGACAGAAAAAGCGAGAUUGAGUGAAAGACGAUGAGCUCAACGCCGGGAACGCACUCGCUGGCCUUUAGAGUGAUGCGCCUAUGCAGGCCAUCUUUAUACGUAGAACGUUCACUUUGUUUGGACCCUACCGAUCUCUUCGUCGGCGAGGACAUUUUCGACGAUCCAAUCGCCGCCUCCAAUCUCCCUCCUCUCUUAUCUAGCCACGUGGACUCCUCCAACAACUCUUCGGAUCUCAGCUACCGCUCCAGAUUCCUCCUCCGCGACCCCUCCGAUUCCAGCGGCCUCUCCGGCCUCCUCGUCCUCCCCCAAGCCUUCGGGGCGAUUUAUUUGGGAGAGACAUUCUGCAGCUACAUUAGUAUUAACAACAGUUCAACAUCUGAAGUAAGAGAUGUUAUCAUUAAGGCGGAAAUGCAAACGGACAGGCAGAGGAUUCUGCUUUUGGAUACAUCAAAAUCACCUGUUGAAUCAAUACGUGCAGGAGGACGAUACGAUUUCAUUGUGGAACAUGAUGUUAAAGAACUUGGACCUCACACGCUGGUGUGCACUGCAUUGUAUGGUGAUGGGGAUGGAGAGCGAAAAUAUCUUCCACAAUUUUUCAAGUUCAUUGCUGCAAAUCCUCUUUCUGUACGGACGAAGGUUCGCAUGGUUAAGGAAAUGACAUAUUUGGAGGCAUGCAUUGAAAAUCAUACGAAAUUAAACCUUUACAUGGACCAAGUUGAGUUUGAGCCUGCUCAGCAUUGGAGCGCAACAAUGCUGAAAGCUGAUGAACCUGAUUCCAAGAAUAAUACUCAAAGUAGAGAGAUAUUUAAGUUGCCAGUGCUCAUUAGACCUGGAGGAGGGAUUCACAACUAUCUUUAUCAAUUAAAAAUGACUUCACAUGACUCCGCACCUGUGAAAGUUCAAGGAAGUAAUGUUCUUGGAAAAUUUCAAAUAACAUGGCGUACAAAUUUGGGUGAACCUGGUCGCCUACAGACACAGCAAAUUCUUGGCACUCCUUUGACAAGCAAGGAGAUUGAGUUGAAUGUUGUGGAGAUUCCAUCUGUUGUCAGUGUAGACAGACCCUUCUUGUUACACUUGAAGCUUUCAAACCUGACAGAUAAGGAACAGGGCCCCUUUGAGGUUUGGUUGUCACCAAGUGAUUCACGUGAGGAAACAGUAGUUAUGAUUAAUGGGCUCCAGAUAAUGGUCUUACCUCAGGUGGAGGCUUUUGGUUCUGCAGAUGUUCACUUGAAUCUGAUUGCUACCAAACUUGGAGUUCAAAGAAUCACAGGUAUUUCCUUGUAUGAUAAAAGAGAGAAAAAAGCCUAUGACCCACUGCCUGAUUUGGAGAUAUUUGUGGAUCUCGAUUGAUAUAUUGGAUUGUUUCAGUCAGUUAAGUCUGCAGAAGCUGAAUUAGCACCAUUUGUUUUUAGGGGUGAUUUCUGUCAAACUCAGCAAUGUCACAAUGCUCAUUCAUCCUUCGGGGUAUUAGUGAAUCUGAUGCAGAGCCACGUAACACCCAAUUCAUCUUAGCUUGUUGACUGUUGACAGCUGUUGGUCAUCAGCAAGUUUGAAACGAUGCUGUGCUUUAACAUGAAGUCCACUCCUGCAAUGCAAGUUUAUCUCUUUAUGAUAACUCACAUGGUUAAGAUUUUUCAAGAAUGAUGAAAUGCAAUUCCAUACCUUGCCGCCAGUUGAGAUUAUCAUUGAUACUAAUUGUUUCCAUACUAACUAGUUUUGUCAGUGAAUUAGACAAGCUCCAUUGUAUUUUUUAGACAUUGAAGGAAAAACCCAAGUGUCAAUUGGUACACAAAUUUAUUCUACUAUUGGGUACUUAAAAUUUUCAUUAUUUUGUGAUUCAUUCUUUAUCUCUAGCUGACCGUAACUUGCCACCCAAUUCCUUGAGCCGAAAUUCAUUUUUUGGGAAAUUUGACUGUCGAUUGAACCUGUUAACAUUCGGUUUUCAGUGAGGUUGGAUUCUGUCUUGAUUCA